AUGAGUUUGUCGCACACCGAGUUUGAAGAGAUUCAGCGAUCAGCCAAGGAACGUGCAGACAUCGUUGCCAAGUAUGACCUGGGUCGAGAGGAGGGGGCCCAGAUCGACCCCUGGGAGGAUCCAGCGUUUGAGGUGUACCAUGUCACUGACAGAUAUGGAUUUAUUCAUGACACAGCUCUACCUACACAUAUGGAUGCUGCUGAGGAGAAGAGCAAGCAAGUGGAAAAGGAAAGAACAAUGAAAUGGCUGAAGAUGAUCAAAUCCUGGGACAAGUAUUACCCCGGAGAGAAGCUGACACGGCGAGUCUACAAAGGUAUUCCUGACUGUCUGAGGGGUGAAGUUUGGUCCAAGUUGCUGAGUAUACCCAAAGUUAAAGCAGAACAGGAGGGAGUAUACCAGAAAAUGCGCAACAGGGCCCGUACAAAGUCUACAUCCAUACGCCAGAUAGACCUGGACGUCAACCGAACAUACAGAAACCACAUCAUGUUCCGGGAGCGAUAUGGUGUCAAGCAGCAGGCCCUUUUCCAUGUGUUGGCUGCUUACUCCGUGUACAACACGGAGAUUGGUUACUGCCAGGGCAUGAGUGAGAUUGCUGCCCUUCUUCUUAUGUACCUCAAUGAAGAGGAUGCAUUCUGGGGGCUUUCUCAGCUCUUUAUCAGUCCUAAACAUAUGAUGCAUGGUUUCUUCAUGCACGGCUUUCCAAAGCUGAUGAGGUUCCAGGAUCACCAUGACAACGUGCUGCGCAAGUUUCUGCCAAAAGUCCGCAGACAUCUG